AUGAACACGUACGAGAGCCCUCGUGGGGCCGAGAGCGACGAGGAGAAGGACUCAAGCGGCGACGAAGACAUUCUCUGGGUGACCAUUGGGCGGAGGCUCCGCGGCGGGCCUGCGCGCACGUGGACGAUCCCCCCAAAGCCGCCUUCCCGAUCCCGGCGAUCCUCAGCCCCACCAACCUUCUCGUCGGCCACCAAGGCUGCGAGAUCUGUUGACGCUAACGCUGCUUCUCACCACCAUCACGACAUGCUUGCUACCACCGCUACCAUUGACCUUGCUUUUGACGACGAUGACUGGAUCGCACCGCCACCCGAUCAGAAACUAUUCCGAGCGGCCUCUGUAGGCAACAGCUGGGGAGUGACAUCAAUAGGCCGAGGGUUCGACUGGCACAAGCAGGACGAAGACACCAAGGCUGCGCCCGCAGAUCAGGAUCUUCGGCUGCAUCCCGAGCUUCCAGCUCCUAGCAGAGAUGCUACCGCCACCUUGAAACCUCGACUACCUCGAGUCAAUACGCAUGCUGCUACCAAAAACCUGCUAGUCGGCCCAUCCACAGGCUUGGUCACCUCUCCUGUCCUGCAUUCGGUGUCCCCAGGUUAUGGGAGCUUCAUCCCAGGGCCACUGACCCGCUCGCCACCUCUCUCUCGUCCCGCUUCUCCGUAUAUUGCCGCACGUACCACUUCACCGCGUCCCCUGUCUCCGUCCUCGUCCACAGGUCCUCCCACUCCAAAUCCGGAGGUAGAGACCCUGAACGAGCGCAGCAUCUCUGAGUUUGUGAUCGAGCGAGAGAUCGGAAGAGGCGCUUACGGCCUUGUAAAACGUGCUAGGGAGAUGAACAGCGAUGGAACUUUGGGGCAAAUCAUCAAGUCUCGAAUAUUGGCGGACUGCUGGAAGAGACAUCCGAAGUAUGGAACAAUACCGAUAGAAAUAUACGUCAUGUCUGCUAUCUCCUCGACGCAAUACGUCCUCCCCUCUCGCCGACCUUGGGAUCCUUCACGAAGUAAUCCUGAGGUCGAUGACUUUUGGCAAGAGGGUAAAGUAGUCAAUGGACACCCGAACAUCUGCCCUCUUCUGGACUUUUUCGAGGACAACCAUUACUACUACCUCGUACUUCCCUCUACCACACCAGAACCCAAGGAUGGAGAGCCGCCUCCGCCAUCUGAUUUAUUUGACCUUGUCGAGAGCUACCCCCACGGCCUGCCCCCCAGCUCAAUCAGGUCCUAUCUGGGUCAGAUCGCGGAUGCUAUGAGCUUCCUGCAUUCCAAAGGCAUCGUGCACCGCGAUAUCAAGGAUGAAAACGUCGUGCUUGGACCUGCAGGCAAAUGCGUUUUGAUCGACUUUGGCAGUUCCGGCCUCGUGAAGAAGGGUGGGUGGGAUACGUUCAGUGGCACUCUGGAUUAUGCGGGACCUGAGAUCCUCCGAGGCGAGCGCUAUUUUGGCAAAGAACAGGACGUUUGGGCUUUUGGAGUGGUGGCUUAUGUCAUGGUUGUCGGAGAGUGUCCGUUUACUACUGCCGCUGAGGCUCAGGAAGGUCUCGAGUCACCAUUCUCAAACGCCGCGAUAGCGCUCGACGAACGUUGUGCCGAUGACAAAGAGCUAGAGGGCGAAGAAUCUGAUGGAGGCGGCGCUCUCGGAGACGCUGCUGCGCUUGUCCGAGCGUGCCUGCAGGUGGAUGUGGGCGCGCGUCCCACCUUCCAGACAAUUUUGCAAAGCCGAUUCUUGAGUGGGCGAGGGGGGUGGGGAAUGAAGCCCUGA